AGAGAAAAGGAGUCUGUGACGCUUUCGACGUCGAAAAUGUCUCGCACGAGCCACCUAGCUUAGAAGCCAGCAGCUCAGCUUUGCUUUCUGUUUUCGUUUAGUUUUGCGUUUCUUUCGCUCGGAGACCCGGAUUUUGUAAUAAAUGGCGGCCAGAAGGUUAUCAUGAAGCAGCGGGUCCAGAAUUACAGGCGUGAUUCCAGAAGACCACUGAAACUGAGGGAGUCUCCUACUGUAAUGCAGCCUAAUCCAGGUGAACGGGGUGUUCUUGCAGGAAAUGGUUUAUCCUUAAAUCUGCAACCAGAGCUUCUCACUGGGACACCAGUUACUGCUACCGCUGCUGCCUCCAACGCUGACAGCAGCGAGGUCAGGGUAUCCAUGACCGGGGCUUCUGGAGAUUCAAAUGGAGGCGCGUCGUCCAGGAGGUCCAGGGUCUACUCCCACACGUACUCCUACGCCUACACUCACUCACGCGGACACAGUCGGGCGCAGUUCCACUCUAACACACAGCCUGUGCUCGACCCGCCCAACCCCGACAGGGACUCCGGUGAAACCAGUGCCUCGCUGACCGAGCUUCGCUGCUUGUUCCGUUGGAUCCAAAAAAGUAUUCCCUUCCUCGUCGUACUGUGCGCUAAGCUGGUCAUCCAGCAUGUUCUGGGUUUAGCAGUCGGGGUGGGCCUUCUGACAACUUUUUUAUAUGUGAAUAAAAACAUUCAAACUCAAGUCUUUCUUCAGGAUCGUCACUCGAAGCUGCGCUGCAUAUGGCUGCUUGUCUUCCUCAUCUCCUCCACGCUCCUGCUGUACUACACUUUUCUCUCAGAGACACUUUACUUCUGCCUCAUCUUCUUAAGUCCAACCAUCGAGCCGCUGGGUUUCUGGGAGAUCCUUUGGGCAGUCGGGAUCACCAACUUCAUUAUAAAGUUCCUCUUUAUGGGAAUCAAGUGCCUUAUCCUGCUGGUUCCCUCAGCACUCGUUACCUACAGAACCCAGGGCCGGUGGCUGAUGCUGACUGAGAAACUGGGUCAAGUGCACCAAGCUACAGCGCCUGUUCCACUGUGGUUCCGCUACCUGGUCAGCUACCAGGAGUCUGACGGGGUCUAUGGGCUCACAACUGGGAUCCUGUUGGCUGUAUUCUACCUCAUACUGAAGCUUUUAGGAUUUUACAACCAGCGGACAUCUUUACUGAAAACUGUGAGGAUAUUUCUAGCAGGCGAGCAUACAGGCUCUGCAGCAACACGAGCUCAGUGCGAUGAUGCUGGAGACAAGUGUCGAAUCUGCCAAGGAGAAUUCAGAGACCCUCGGGUUCUCAUCUGCCAGCACAUAUUCUGUGACGAGUGCAUCGCUCUGUGGUUUAACCGGGACAAGAGCUGCCCGGUCUGCCACACCAUCCUCACAGACAAGGUGUACAAGUGGAGGGACGGAGCCACUUCUCCUCACCCGCAGAUUUACUGAGUCACCAGGCACAGACCACCGAGUGUCUAUUCAUUUUUCUGCAAUCUGGCUUUUCUUUUUCGAACCUCACCAGCAUUUGUUGCUCUGCACGUUUGUCAGUAGAGGGUUAAGGGGGAGGCUUCCUGAAGGUGGCGUGGUUUUCUACCGUUCAUCUCUUCUGCCAGAGAAAUCUGACGUGCGUCCUGAAGAAUUUUUUUAGAUUUCCUUUCAGUUUCCUUUUGAGUCGUAGUUACUUUUUUUUCACCUUUUAUGGCGAUAUAAACCUUCCAGGUGUCGGAAUUGAUUCUGCUGGAGUAGUUUCUGACACGGGAUGCAUAAAGAGUCACAUCAAGUAUUUAAAAUUCAGAACAAAUGCACAUUUUUUAUUUUAUUUUCAUCCAGCACUGGUGAACUGAUAAAUGUAAAACAAGGCAAACCUCUAUACUCUGGGCAAAGAUCUUGGUGUUUUUUUUUUUUUUUUCCAUGUCUGAUUUAAAGUCCAACUUUGAGGUUGAUUUUCACAUAAAUUAUUUUUCUAUAGGGGUGACUUCACUGUCUUUUUGUAAAGACCAAAGACUGGGCUCUAUUUAUGUAUUGAAAUAACUUCACUUUUAUUAAUCUGAAUAAAUAUUUACAUUUGA